AUGGAUGGGCCCAAGGUUGGAGGCUCGCUUCCCCACCCCAUCCGCAGAUGGGCGAGGCAUCUGGUGGCCGGAGGCUCUCGCCUCGCCACCUCUCUCUUCGGCAAAGGUAGGGGCCGUCGUCUCACCGUGUUUGCCUCCUGCCUCAGGCUGGUCCGUCAGAGUCUAUUGGCCUUCCGUUCGUCAGCUUGCGUCUUCUUUUGGAGGCACCGAUCAGCCACGCAGAGGUUUGGGUUAACCCCUCUGGUACCUCGAUUGUGGCUCCUCCGGCGUGGCUCCUCCGAUGUCGUCUUUCGCGGUGGCUCUUCCUCGACAUUAUAA